AACAAAGCCUCCUCCAUAUAACCCCUUCGUCUGCAAAAUAAGUUUCAGUCGGAAAAUUUCCUUCACAAAAUAUACUCUUUUUCGCGUUUUUUUAUCAGCCGAAGAGAUGGUGCUCAUGAAGAUAACCCGCUCUGCCCCUCGCUUGCUGCGCUUGAGCCGCAGCUCUGCCCAUCGAGCCAGCCACCUCCCUCUGGCCCCUGCAUGCUCGCGCUGUGUCCAUAGGGGUCCCUUUGGAGGAAAUGACCCCUUUUCGAGGAUGGAGGAGUUUAUGAGGGACAUGGAGAAGAAGUUCAGGAGGGACAUCGAGGACACUUUCAGCACUAUUACGAAAGAGGUGCCGCAGGGCCUGAUCCCCCGCGUGUGGGAUAUGGCCCCCCGCCCCAGGUUCGGAGACGUGAAAAACUUGUCCACACCCGAGACGUACAAGCUUGCCUUCUACUUCAAGAAUGCCAAUCCGGAAGAUGUGACAGUGUCGUUGAAGGACCACACCCUGACAGUAUCAGCCAAGAUCGAGGAAACGACCGAGUUCUCCCGAUCUUCAAAGAAUUUCACUACAGAGUAUGACCUACCCGAGGGCCUAAAUCUCGAAGCACUAGAGUCAAGUUUGUCGGACGAUGGCGUAUUAACCAUCGAGGCUCCACAAUUAGUGCAAGAAGAAGCAAAAGGUCCCAAGACCAUUCCUAUUCAAAGGGAAUGAUCUGUACUGUAAAUAUUAUCAUGGAUGUAUAGUUUUGAAAAAAAAUGGAAAAUGUGAAAUAGUUGUUUUAAAUCAUGCCUAGAAAUGGGAUUUGUUAUAUAUGUUAAUAUACAUGUAGGAAAAAAUAUACUGUAGUAGAUGGCUAUAUAUAGACAUUACAAUAUAUUUCUGUUAAAUGAUUAAAUCAUUUAUAUUCUAGAAAAUUUAAUAUAAUUACUAUUACAUUAUCAUGUAAUUUUUUUUUUAUAUCAUAUGGCUGUGUUUUAUCUUCAUAACUUGAUUAUAUUUUUUGAAA